CUCUUACACAUACCAAAAAAACAACAAAUUAUACUACUACUACUACUAGUACAUUUUAUCAAUACCACAGAUCCAAACCUCUUUUCACAUUUCCCACUCUACCCGAAAUCUUAUACUUAACCUUCUAUACACAAAAAUCAAACCAAAAAUUAAAAUAAAAGACUAGCUAGCUAGUUUAAUUUAAUUUGUAGGUCGAUCACUUUUGAUAUUAUUAUUAUGGAAUUACAACCUCCAGGGACCGAUACGGCCACGGCCGAACAGAUCAUCCUUAGAUGGGACUCAACAGCUUCUGAAGAUGCCAGGUUCCGAAUGAUCUUCGAAGGCGAUCGCCAAGAAAUCAACCGUUACUUGCUAGCUGUGGAUCAAAUCCAACAAUCCUUAAACUCGACUACACUCUCAGAUGACGAGUCAAAGAAGGCCCAUAACGCGAUCCAGAUCGCUAUGGCGCGUUUAGAAGACGAGUUUCGUAGCAUUUUGAUAACGAACUCGACUCCUAUUGAGACCGAGGCAGUCACUGACUCGGUCUCAUCGGCUCAUCUGACUCCGAGGACCACUCCUAGAACUAGUAGUUGUAGGAGCGAGUCCCCGGAGAAAGAUGAUCAUCAUAGUACUAGCAGUGGGCCCAAAAAUGAAUCUAUUUCUAGAAUUAGUUCUGCUUCAUUUACACAAAGAAAUGAAAGAAGUGUGACAUAUGCAAGCUGUAGAUCCAUGAAUAGUAUCAGGGAACAAGAUCUAAUUCCCCAAGAGAGCGUAUCAGAUCUUCGUUCCAUCGCUGAACGAAUGAUCGCGGCCGGCUACUUUAGAGAAUGUGUUCAAGUGUACGGAAGCGUUAGAAAAUCGGUUGUGGAUGGAAGCUUUAAGAAGCUAGGAGUUGAGAAGUUAAGUAUAGGUGAUAUCCAACGCCUCGAGUGGGAGGCUUUGAACACGAAAAUAGGUAGGUGGAUUCGAGCGGCUAAAGUUUGCAUUCGAGUUUUGUUCUCAAGUGAGAAGAAACUGUGUAAACAGAUAUUUGAAGAUCUAGGUACAUCAUCCGCGGAUGACGCCUGUUUCAUGGAAACAGUUAAAUCCCCGGCGACCCAGCUGUUUAACUUCGCUGAAGCCAUCAGUAUAAGCAGAAGGUCGCCGGAGAAGCUAUUUAAGAUUCUAGAUUUGCACGAUUCGCUACUAGAUUUGUUGCCUGAUAUUGAUGAUGUGUUUGAUUCGAGACCAGCUGAGUCGAUUAGAGUCCAGGCGACUGAGAUAUUGUCUAGAUUAGCUGAGGCCGCUAGAGGGAUGCUGUCCGAGUUUGAAAAUGCUGUUCUUAGAGAACCUUCCAAGGUUCCUGUUCCUGGAGGGACGAUUCAUCCGUUAACAAGGUAUGUGAUGAAUUACGUAAGCUUGAUUUCGGAUUACAAGCUGACUUUAGGAGAAUUGAUUGUUUCUAAACCAACGACCGGAUCUAGACACUGUGAUUCCACUGCUCCAGAAAUGGAUUUUAGUGAACAUGAAGGGCAAUCGCCGUUAGCUCUUCAUUUGAUUUGGAUAAUCACUAUCUUGCAAUUCAAUUUGGAAGGGAAAUCGAAACACUAUAAAGACAACUCACUGGCUCAUUUGUUCAUUAUGAAUAAUGUUCAUUACAUUGUUCAAAAGGUCAAAGGGUCAUUAGAGUUAAGGGAAAUGAUUGGGGAUCAGUACUUAAGAACUCUAACUAGGAUCUUUAGGCAGGCUGCCACGAAUCACCAACGAGCAACUUGGAUAGGGGUAUUGCAUUGUUUGAGAGACCAAGGAUUACACUCGACUGGAAGUUUCUCAUCCGGGGUUUCAAAGAGUGCAUUAAGAGAGCGGUUUAAGUCCUUUAACGUCAUAUUUGAUGAAGUCCAUAGGACGCAAGCGUUAUGGCUCAUACCUGAUGAGCAACUUCGCGAGGAGCUAAGGAUCUCAAUUUUGGAGAAACUGGUCCCUGCUUAUCGGUCGUUCCUUGGGAGAUAUGGGAAUCAUAUUUCUGAUAAUUACAUCAAGUACACUGUGGAAGAUCUUGAGAAUGCGGUGUUGGAUUUGUUCGAAGGGUAUGCAGUUUCUCAGCACUCUAGGAGAAGAUCACAGUGAAAGAAACAGACUAUUGUAGGAUACGAUUUUUUGAUUUUUUUUGGUAUAAAAAAGAGGAAGCUUGAUAGUCACUUCUCCCCUGAUUUAUUGUCGUCCUAAAGUUUUUACUGGCACAAAUCCAUGCACGAGUCACACAAAUCACAACAACAAUCAAGAAAUUCAAGACAAGCAAAAGCAGUGCAGAGUUGAGCGAUAGCAAGAAAACAUUGCGAGUUUUUGAGUUCAGAUAAGCAUCUCCAACAACCCGAACUAGCCACAACCCCAUAAAACGAUGAUGCAGCAUUCAUCACUAUUGUUGCAGCACGGGUUAAUUUUUCAUUUUCGAUUCCUGGAGGUAGAUUUGUAGCAGUGGCCUUCAAGUUGCCAAAUCCAACACUUAUCUGCCUCAUGUAUAUCGCCUUCUGAUUCAUUGAUUUUGAACUCUUCUACAGUACAAUAAACAUUGUUCAGGUAUUAGCAGUUAUAUAAAUUCAAAACAUAUAAAUUAUAAAAAUUAGUUAUCCA